GUCAGGCGCAGCUCUGUUUCUUUCCAGAAUCAUGCCCUCAUAUUUUCACCCAAUGCAGACGUUCAGAGAGAGUUUUCUCUUCACCACAGAGAACCAUCCGUCAAGAUUUGAGAAUGAGACUUGUGGAGGUGAGAGAGAUCACAAUGGCUCUAUGUGGGAACCACAGCGAUGGGACUACAGAGUUUGUCCUGGCCGGCUUCCCGAACCUGAACAGCACAGGCGUGGAACUGUUCUCUGUGUUCUUUCUAAUUUACCUGCUGACUCUAACAGGCAACGUGCUGAUUGUGGGGGCAGUGGGUGCCGACCAGCGUCUGCAGACGCCCAUGUAUUUCUUCCUGGGUAACUUGUCCUGCCUAGAGAUUCUGAUCACAUCUGUCAUCAUUCCUAAGAUGCUGAGCAAUUUCCUCUCGAAACAACACACCAUUUCCUUUGCCGCGUGCAUCGCUCAGUUUUAUUUUUACUUCUUUCUUGGGGCAUCCGAGUUCCUGCUGUUAGCGGUCAUGUCUGUGGACCGCUACCUGGCCAUCUGCCGUCCUCUUCACUACCCCUUGCUCAUGAGUGGAGCCGUGUGCGUUCGUGUAGCCCUGGCCUGCUGGGUAGGGGGACUCCUCCCCGUGCUCGGCCCCACGGUGGUCGUGGCCUUGCUUCCUUUUUGCAGACAGGAUGCUGUGGUGCAGCAUUUCUUCUGCGACAGUGGCCCAUUGCUACACCUGGCGUGCGCCAACACCACGAAAUUGGAGGAGGCCGACUUUGCUCUGGCCUUUCUGGUCAUUGUGUCCUCCCUCGCCAUCACCGCAGCGUCCUACGGCCAAAUAGUCCUGGCUGUCCUGCGGAUUCCUUCCACUUCGGGCCGUCAGAAGGCCUUCUCCACCUGCAGCUCGCAUCUGAUGGUGGUCACCCUCUUCUACGGCAGUGCAAUUUUUCUCUAUGUGCGGCCGUCCCAGAGCGGCUCCGUGGACACUAACUGGUCAGUGACUGUGAUAACCACGUUUGUGACGCCCCUGAUGAACCCGGUGAUCUAUGCCUUGCGCAACGAUCGAGUCAAGGAAGCUUUGACAGACAUGUUCAGGAAGGUCAGAGCAGAGCUCUCGGAAAAUUCCUUCCUUUCAGAAAGUUUGAGGAAGAAGACAGUGAGCUGAGAUAGAGGGACUCGGAUCCCUGCAUCCCCUCUGCCUUGGAAGGAGCCGCAGAGAGCGUCAAAGACGCCCACUCUAAAGUUCCUUCUCAGGUAAAACUCUACCUUAUGCCCAGGAAUACCAGCGCACGCUAUUUUUAAUAUUUUAUUUUUAUUUUAGUUAUGUGUCUGUGUGGGGGAAUGGGGCGUGCACUGAGAGAGCAGGAAUUAGAUUCUCUGGUGGGCAGAUGCAGCGGGGGCCGUGCUAGGCAAGAGGUGGCCGACUCCCAAGUCACGGGCCAGCUGACUGUUCUGUUUUUCAUCUUCGAACUGAUCAGCCCAUUAGGGGAGGGACACUCUUUAGAGAUUUCAGAGACCCUAGCCCUGUAGAAGAGACUGGGUUUUUGUUUGUUUGUUUUUUGUUUUUUGCUCCUUGGGUGUCCUCUCUAUUUUGCAGAAGGUCUUUUUCUUUGUGUGUCUGAAACAUGUGUGUCUUCUCAACUCCCAACAAACACCUUUCUUCAACUGACACUGUCUGCUCCCAUUUUCAUAGUUGAGAUUUCUCUACUGCUGUGUCCCACUUGAGAGAUUUUUUUUCCUGCCUUAUAGUUCUUUAACUGGCAGAGAAAGUGAACCCGAUCAAGACCCACAGAGGCUGUGGUGGGUGCGGGGAACCAAACUGGGAUUCUUUGGAAGAGACCAUUGAGCCAUUUCUCCAGCCCAGCUCAUACUGUCUGAUAUAUCAAGACCCAAUCGAUGGUUUCAUCUCCCACCCAUCAUCAUAACCCCUGGAGGGCUGACCAUCUGUGCGUUUGUCUGGGGAUGAAAUCUGUUAAAUAUCCCUAAGCAGACAUUUAGGAAUAUCUAUGUAUAUCCUCUACUCAAAAGUUAAAGACUGACUACACUUUCAAUAAAGGUUUCCAAGUAUUCAUGCAAUGCAAUAAUAUUA